AUGAGCUUCGCUCAAGAGCAUAGCUCAUACCAAAACAAUUACUCAUAUGGGUGGCCUAAAAACCCGAAUAUGUCAUAUAGGAGCAACAACCCUGAGAUCUCACCGUUUGCUUCUAGUAAUCAUAUGCAGGGAUUUAGGUACAAUGAGGAGAGCCACAACUAUGCUCCACAACAGAUUUAUUCAGCUCCUACUCAUAUACCUCAACACCAGGAGAUGUUGCCAAUGGAGUUAAAUGGUCCUCCAUUUGGUCAACCAACAACUCCAGCAACUACUGAGCAAUCUCAUGUGCAAGUGCCCACACAAGAUGAAUUUGAUGAUAUAGACAAGCUCACAUUGCUUAGUCUCGAGUUCCCUUGGAGUGCUGAGGAUGAUCCAAUUAGGCCGAUGAUACUAGAUGAAAUGAAGAAUAUCAAGAGUGGAAAAGAGCUAGUGGAUGAAGUAAGGAAGAUUGAGAAGAACAUCAACGCUGGUAGUACUAUCUCAUCUCUCCUUGAGCUGAGUGCUGUUGAGAUUUCUAGUCAUACAUGUGAGGUUCCAACACCUUCACAUUCAGCUGAGCAAGAUAGCGAGAGUCCAGAGGAAGAGAUACUUCAGAUCCAAGAAGAAAUUCUCGAAGCCAAGGCACAAGAUGAUCCAGAGCUCGAACAACAAAGUGAUCAAGUUGAAGACUCAUCAUCUAUUACUCUUGAAGAAGCAAAAGAAGUUGAUGUGAUUGAAGAUGAAGAACUAGAAACGCAUUUGCCCAUCGUCAUACAGGAGCGUGUUUUAGCAGGUUCUUGCUUGUGCACGAUCCACUACAUGCUGACCAAGUUCGAGAUGACAUUCCCUGGGACCCUGGUGGACCUAUGGCAUGGGGAUGAGGAGAAGCAAGGAGCACACAUGAAGAGAGAAGCUGGAGCAAGCAUGAGGAUAGAGAAGCAAAGGAGAAGAGUUCCAGUUUAG